GAAAUAACAAACUCUCCAAGAUGUCGUACAUGCUCCCACAUUUACACAAUGGCUGGCAAGUGGACCAGGCCAUACUCUCCGAAGAAGAUCGUGUUGUGGUUAUACGCUUCGGCCACGAUUGGGACCCGGCCUGUAUGAAAAUGGAUGAAGUCAUGUACAGCAUUGCGGAGAAGGUGAAGAACUUUGCGGUCAUCUAUCUGGUGGACAUAACCGAGGUGCCGGACUUCAACAAAAUGUACGAAUUAUACGAUCCGUGCACGGUGAUGUUCUUCUUCCGGAACAAGCACAUCAUGAUUGAUUUGGGCACCGGCAACAACAACAAAAUCAACUGGCCGCUGGAGGACAAGCAGGAGAUGAUUGACAUUGUGGAGACCGUGUAUCGAGGAGCGCGAAAGGGUCGUGGUCUGGUCGUAUCGCCAAAGGACUACUCCACCAAGUACAGAUACUAAGGUGGAGGGCGGCAGUAGGAGCUUAGAUUAGUGUUCGAGUACCAUCUUUAGGUCUAACAAAUUGAUCCCAAAUACAAACGACUGUGGCACGAAACAAAGACUUUUGUGUAUAUGCA